ACCUCCAUAAAUACGAUUCUGUCUUGAUUAGAGCCUGUCUCCUUGUUUAGCCUACUGCACUUUUGCAUCGUCUAUCACCUACCGCCUAUCGUACUUGUUUUGUCUGGCCUGUUUCGAGCAAGAGAUGAUGCGUGUUUAUCAAGGACCGGAUUCAAGACGACAUCUCACAAGAGAAAUUGAGUCGUCCUCUGUCACACUUUAGACGAACACGUCUAGUCCAAUCGCAGCUUAAGCAGUCGUCAAACCGUCCACACACACGGUAUUACAGAUACUCACAGCGCGUGCUACAGAGUACCGUGAUAUACCGGUGCUCGUAUAGGCUCUGGGAUUUGGGCCUGCCCCGUUUCUUCGCCAGGAAAGGGCAAAGAGGAAGCAGUUCGAAACCGGGGAGGGAAAAUGCCACCAGAUGGUGAUGGAAUUGAGCAGAAUGCCGUCCAUGACCAGAGAGAAGGCUCGGACACGAUACCGGCUCUACCACCGCCGCGUCCGGUGCCGUCGACAGACCCGAAGCUGAUCACGCAGGCGCGAACACCUCCACCACUUCAUGUUGUCCCAACCAAUGCUCCAGCCGAUCUUUUCAAAUUGCCACCUACCGCCGCCCUCAAGCUGCUCUCUGCUGGCAUCGAGUCCUUAGUUCGUGUCACUGGGGACAUCCCUCCAACGCCUCCUCCUACUAGUCCUCCCGUACCCAACAUGAGCGGUUUGCAACGAGAAAAAGCUGCCAUUGUGCGAUCACAUUCUGAAAAGAACCUCGCCAAUCUUCAUCAACACAAUCAAGGGCAAAAUCCAACUAGCCAACCCGAACCAAAAGGACAAGGCCAACAGGGCUUCUUUGAUACACAACAAUUUCAGCCUGUCGACGGCGUGCGCCUCCGACAUCCACCUACCCCCCCGCUACCUCCCACCAAGCCCCGGCCGUAUAUCGUCAUCGGCGAAAAUAUGCAGCCUCUAAACCUGCAACACAGCGCCAUUACACGCAAAUUCUUCAGCAAGGCGCCCCCGCCCAUUAGCAUCGAAGAUUAUCUCCAGCGCAUUCAUAGAUUCUGCCCCAUGUCGACUGCCGUGUACCUGGCAACAUCGCUCUACAUUUUCCGGUUGGCAGUUGAAGAACGAGCUAUCCCUGUAACAAGCAGGAACUGCCACCGGCUGCUGCUCGCCGGUCUCAGGGUCGCCAUGAAGGCGUUAGAAGACCUCAGCUACCCGCAUUCCAAGGUUGCUAAGGUCGGCGGUGUCAGCGAAGUCGAGUUAGCUAGACUUGAGAUCAGUUUUUGUUUCCUCGCUGGGUUUGAGCUGGUGGUAGACGAGGAGGCACUAAGAAAACAUUGGGAGAUGUUGAAACAGAGCACAAGUAGCGGUUCUGCGGCGGCCAUAGGCGUUGGUGGAACAAUACCGAACUUAAAUCUUGAUCUGCGGCGUAAGAAGAACCCUGACUAAUUCCUGAGCUCGGCGAGAUCGCGGCAUUAAUCUAUGGGCAUCAAGAACGAUAUAUUGCGUUUAUUCAUUGGAGUCCGUCACCUAUAUCUAUGAUACCCCCUCAUCUAAUCAAAAAGUCAUGUAUAUAU